GCCUGAUAGCUCUCAAAUCCUUUGCGAACAAACAAUAAUCGUCUCCACAACAAUGGAGGGCUCUGCUAGGGUUCCGAUUCCCGAUAACCUCCGGGGGACGAUUCGGGAUAUCAAGGAGAUUGCCGGAAAACACAGCGAUGAUGAUAUAUACGCGCUGCUAAAGGACUGCAACAUGGAUCCACACGAGACCACCCAGAAGCUCCUCUACAUUGACACAUUUCAGGAGGUUAAAUCAAAACGUAGUCAGAGGAAACUGAGUGUUGACAACAGUGCUUCGAAAGAACAUAGCCAAAGAACUGGCAAGCAGGAGAGGAAGACUAGGGGUGACAACAAUUAUCCUUCUAAUAGUUCAGAUGGUAGACGACCAUGUAAUGCUCGGCAAGACAAUGGUUUGAGCGGAUCUUCUAGGCCCUGUAAUCAAGUUAUUCAUAAAAAAAUCGAUGCUGUUGGAAGCACACUAACCCCUUCACAUGACUCAAACAGCGCAUGCAACAGAAGCUCCAGCCAUGAACUGCCUUCCCAAUCAUCCAAUCGUAGAAUUUCUGGUGUAACCAAAGAUAACAAGUCGGACCACAGCAUUAAGCUUACAAAAUCAUCAUCUUUGUGGCCAGUCACAGUAAAGCAGCUGAAGGAUAUAGAUCCGGGUCCCACACCCACAUCGACGCCCACCAAUCCAUCCACAGAAGCAGCAUCGAGAUGCAAGAGCUUGGGGUGGAAAUCCCAUCUUGGUAACAGUAAGGGCAAGCGUGAGACAAAGAAUCUGUGUGAUUCUGUUCAGAAUCUGAAGAUUGGCCAAGUGGUGUUAGGAUCAUUUGACUUGGACGAUUGCAUACGGUUGAGUGACCAGAAAGCUUGCCCAGCUCAACCUGGCAAUGGAUCUUCUGAAGGGAUGUUGUCUGCGGAUGUUGCUUUGGGAUGUAACCAAGUAAAUUCCCAAGUUGGUGUUCGAUUGCACAAAUCACGUGUCGCUUCUAGGCAGUCUGUUAUCUUCCCCAAUCAUAUUCGCAUGUCUGUACCUAAAGGUUUGACGUUUGGAAAUUUAUUUGAUCCUUCAUUUGAACAGACCAAUGAGGACUCCUGUUCUACAGAUGCUUCAGGCCCAAUUCCCGAGUCCUCUUCCCCGUCAUCUGCACACGAUGGUUAUACUGGUCAGCAAGUCUCUACUCCCCCAGAAAAUAUUCCACCCAUUGGUGGUUCCCACAACCCACUUCUCCAUCCCACAUCGGAGUUCACCACGAGUCUUGUACUCCCUAAUAUGGGUUCCCACCUUGUGCAGCCACCAGGACUUGAGCAACAGGCACGUUUUGCUGGAGGAAGUUCAACGCCAACAGCUGACAGUAAAGCUCCAUUUCAGGGUUCUGUUGCCUUGCCCCCACAAAUGUUCACCUUCUUCAGGCAGCCAUACCCUCCCAACUACAUUCCCUACAGUCCUUACUAUUCCCAGCUUUACAAUUAUAUGCCCCCUCAAAAUGCACACCAGCUGAUGAGCUCUAGUGGGUUCACCCAUCAGCCUUCACCGGGUCCCAUUUAUGUACCACAGUCUGCUUCUGCUGCUAAAUUGCCCGUCGCAAACACGACCAACUUCGGAAAUUUUCCAUAUGGGGCUCUUGGUUAUGGUUCCGGUGCAGUUUUGCCUGCUGCCAGCAAGGAUGACAAUAUUUCGGGAUCUGAGCUCAAAGAUAACAAUAUGCACUCCAAUAUCAAACAGGAAAUGGGUGAUAAUUCACACCUAGUGUCUGGUGCAUCUGGACGGGACACAUCAGUUUUGCAGUCGAAUGUUUUUUACAACUUGCCACAUGGAUUGUCAAUGGGCUUUCCACCUUCGUUUGCUGGUAUUUAUCAUCCGUCCCAGAGCAUGUCUGCAUCAACCCACCACUCUCAGUCGACCGAAUCUAUUGUUUCUUAUCCUCAGUUGCCACAGUUUCCACCAAUACCUCAAGAGAAAUGAUCAGUUGGAAGGGAAGAGCUUUUCCACUCUUUUUGAAUUUACUAAUGGGUAGUUCUUGUUUAUUAUUUUCAGCUUUUGUUGAGG